AUGAAUCGUACCGCUACCAAUUUGCCACCAUCGUCUGCUUACAAUGUCGCACAAUCUUCUGGUGGUGUUCCUGCCGAUGAGCCGCGCGCUCCAAAUCGCGACCUACUUGACCAUCUCAAUGCAUGCAUUUUUGAUGCUCCGUUACUAAAAUCGGUUUCGCCGAUUUCUGAUGUCGGUGAUGCAUUCCCGCUUCGCGUGAGUGUAACGGACUGCAAUUAUGACACUUUGAAACCGACGGUUGGCCUGGUGUUACAACAUGUCGAUAUUUCCGAUUUUGAUUCUGGCAUUGAAUUACGCUGUAAUAACAAGUUCAAUGCCGAUAAACUCGUGGUGAAAUUGAUUGAGAACAAUCUAAAGUUCACUUUGGACUAUUCAGACUUCAUUUCUCAUCCAGGAAACCUCUUUGUGAAGAAUCUUUCUAGCUCAUUGAUCAACCAUGAUUCACUCUUUGAAUUCUUCCAGGUUCGUUCAUGUUACAAAUCAUUGUCUAAUGUCAACAUCUUCAACAAUUCCGAUGAAAGCUUGUUUGCUAUUCUCAAAUUUGAUAAUUACUUGGACGUGGAUUUCCUCAUUGAACAUUUGGAUACUUCCAAUAAUCCAUUCCAUCAUCUUCCCUCAGUUCCACUUUACGUCAACAAGUAUAUCAGCAAAAGAGAACGGAAACUCAAAGCAGAAGAUUUCCAGCCUGCAGCAUCCCAAUCUCCUGCCCAUAGUGAAUCUGUCAAUUUGUAUAAUACCAUUGUUGUGGAGAAUUUGGGAGAGUUUUUCAACUAUAGCCCCACAUUUGAAUUACUAGGUCAAUUUCUUUCCAAAUUUGAAAUGUUCCAAAAGAUCGAAUCGGUGUAUUUCCCCUUAACCAAAGUGGCAGAACAAGACGUUAGUGUUUCAAACUUUGGAUUCAUAGGGUUUGAAGUUGACGAACACUUGAAUGAAAAUGUGCUCAAAUGUCUUUACUACUUGAAUAAUUUGCUGUUUGAAGAAUUCAUGGCAUUUGAAAAUAAAGACAUCAUACCUAUCAACCGUGAAACUGAAUUUGACGACAAAUCUCUUACUUCUGGAACACUCAAGAUCUCCAUUGGCCAACACAAGCAUAACCAUUACCUAUACCAGGUCACUGGCAACAGGAUGGCAUUAAACUGGGAACCAAACACCAUUCCUACGUUUACUUAUAUCGAUAUGAAUUUGCAUAACGCUGCAAUCACCAAAUUUUCCAAAUAUUUGAAUUACCAAGAAACCAAUAUCUACGUUAACAGUUUCCCUGUGGUGUUUGAAAAUAACGACAAGUUGUGGGAAACUUUCUGGAAACAAUUUGGUAAGAUCAAGUCAGCAAAGAUCAUCAAACCACAAUUCUACUCAAAAAAGUCUACAGAAAGUACGGGCAAGAUUGGAUUUGUGUUUUUCGAGAACUUUAGACUGGCAGUCCGUGCCAUCUUACUAACCAAUGAGAAGACCAUCAACACAAGUCUCACCGGUACUAGUCACUCGGUUCAUGUCCAAACCUCGUUUGCAAUCCAAAAGAGCAAUCAUAGUCCAUCUGCACCAGCACAAGGUCAGAGAUCUUCGGUCCCUAACAACUAUCUUGCCCCUACACCUCACAACUACAUGAAGCGAUUCAGCUGGCCAUCGGAAAAUUACUACUAUUCACCACAACCUAUAGUUUCUCCCCCACUCACAGAUUUUAACAUGUACGCUCCAUACGUCUACUACAAUUAUCCAUACAUGGUGAGAGACUUGAGUCCCCACGAAAUGGCAGGAGAUCAAGCAGUGGAACCACCUUCUGGGGACUACCCCAACUUCUACGGCAAUGCCCAACCACAGAAUUUCAAUUAUUACUUACCGUUUGACCACGGAACCCCAGCUACCUUUGCACCUCUGUCGAUGCCAGGGUCAGCUCCACCACCAAGACAAGGCAAGAAAACUCAAAAGAAAAAAUAG